CUUUUCAUCUCGUCUUUUUCUCUUCCCUUUCUUCUCUGUUGCGGGAGUUUCGCAUCUUUGUCAAUUUUCUUCAAAUUCCCCGUAAUCAUAAACCUUUUCUCUUCUUGACGCUGUGCGUUUUUAUUAUAUCCUUUUUUUAUAAGUCAAGAUGGCCAUACUAUUGAACAACUGGACUGGUUUCCUUUCUUUCUUCUUGUUUGCGUUGUUAGCGAUUCCUACAGAUGCCCUUCCUCAGAAGAAAGUUGGAAAUGGUGGAGGUGGAGGCGGAGGAGCAGCAACAGCCGCUGGAGGACCUCCUAAAUUUUCCAAGGCAAAAGAUGGAUCCAUGAUUAUGGAUAAGACCGUAGUGAUCAAGUAAGUUUUGGUCGACUAAGCACCUUCGAAAAAGGUACAUUCUGACUUCCAAUUCACAGUGGCCUUAAUAUCCGAUACAAGAUUUCCGCACCUGCGGAUCAAUUCACAACUGCCUCUGGAGCAGCUGGGGGCGCCCAAACCGCCAACGCAACUGGCACAGCAGGUCUCAACGUUCUCCUCCAUGGCGAUGGUGGUCAAUCCUUCCAAGAUUUCCCCAAUCAGAACGUACAAAACAACCUCAUGGGCGUCGUAGUCCUCGCACCAGACCCAAACCUCUUCUGGGGUGGUGGAUCCGGGCUCGAACGAACUAACGGAGUCGCACAUUCCGCAGCUGUCAACGAUUUGAUCCAGAAUCAACUUCCUCAAGAUGUCGCAUUUGAUAAAGCCAACGUUUUCUUCACUGGUGUCUCAGGAGGAUCCCUCAUGCUCUCCGGAUUCUUCGUUCCAGCCUUCGGCGCACAAUACAAGACAGGCGUUGAGCUCAACUGCGGUGCUCUCGCACCUCAAGUCGCAGUCGUGGAUGCACCUACCAUGAUCGCCAACACUCGAAUCCAUUUCCAAACCAGCCAGGAUGAAUUGACGCUCCUGCAAAAGUCUAUCCCGGCGUCGAUAACAGCAUAUGAAAAACUUGCCAAGGAUAAUGGACUCGAUGCCGCUGCUAUUGGAUCGCUUCAGACUGUUGAUAGUACGCCUGUUGGAGGUGGACAUUGUGGCUUUGAUAGCAAGGAUUUUGUUAGUGGUGUUCAGUUGAUGGCCAGCAACUAUGCGAAUGUUAUGUCGAAGAAUGGCACUGGAGAGGUCAAGGGUAUCGGCAAUGUUAAGAAGACCGUUGUGGGCAAUGAGGCUAUUAAAUUUGUCAAGGGCAAGAAAUAGAUACCCGGUCC